GCGCUCUCUCUCUCUCACUCUCUCUCCCACGCAACCAAACCCUAACCCUCCCAACAAUGGAGUUCGCCCGCCGAGGCUGAGCCGCGUCCCCGGUCGACGCCGGCGACGGCGACGGCCUUCGCCACCCCUCCCCGCGCGCGAGAUCGAUCGUGCGGAAUUUGGUGGGAAUUAGUGUGGUUCAGAAACCUAACGGCGGGCGGGUUGGAGAUGCAGCGCAGAUGACGAUGGACGCGCUCCGCCGGGAGCUCUGGGAGGAGAGCAUUCGCCAGGAGCUUAUUGCUGCUGAGAUUGCGGAGCAGCGUGAACUGGAGGCCGAGGACCAGCGCAAUCUUGGAUUGUCCUGUGAGGUGCCAUCGCGAUCCCCUGGAACUUCCAGGUUCCAGCCUUUGCCACAUGGUCGGCUUCGGUUAGAAGAACAGAUGGCGAUGCGCACAGGAGCAUCCGUGUUUAGAUUGCCUGUUAAAUAUCGAAUCGAGGAAUGGUAUUGCCCUCCCUGGCAUAGGACGCUUGCUGAAGAGAAUGCAACAUUUAAUGGGGCCAAGCUGCGGAAAAAACUGUCAUCUGGAGUGAAGAGGAAAAGGAGUGCAGAUACUUUCCAGACAAACAGCAAGAAAUUAUGCGUGCAAAGGAGCUGUGUUGUGCGCCAGAUGAAUACACGCUAUGAGGAGCACUCUUCUGGCCAUAGGCACCAGCCAAACAUUGCAGUUUUGGAGUCAAGAAAGGAAGCUAUUGGGAUGAAGAAAGUAGAAGCAGAAUCCUUAUCUGUCACCCGGUACUGUCCAACAACUUGGAAUUGUGGUAUUUGCCAAGCCAAUUGUUCAUGUGAAAUGGAUUUAAGAAACCAUCUAAGAGGUAGGAGGCACCAAGAGAACGUAGAAGCCCUGAAGAGAGAAGACAUGGAAAUUGAAGCAAAGUUGGAUGGAAAGAAAUUGUCUCAACUUGCUGAGAAGAACCAAAAGUUUGUGCCAGGAUGGAGUCGCAGCACUUGCAAGGCUAUCUGUACAUCUUCAUCUGACUUGGAGAAUCACUUACGGGGCAGGAGACAUCGACGGAAUGUAGACAUGUGAAACUCAAAUAUAAUUCCUCCUGAGAUGCAGUUGCAGACGGAAGAUGUAUUUCCUCCGUGCUUAACUGCAGACCACUGAGAUGCAGUUGCAGACCUACGAAAUAGUUGCUAGAGAUGAUGCUAUAAUACAGGGCACCAGUAAAAAUCUCGAGCAGUAGUUUUUGCUAUUAUUUCUGGGUGACUAAUGAAAUCGUAUCCCGCAUCACUGACAUUAACAGAGAUUCCGAAGCUACAAGAGUGUUUUGACAUCUGGAGGGAUUUUUGGACUCUGAUUAUUUUGUCAUUUACUUUACAUUUUGUUCAUUGCUAAUUGUUACGGCACGCAUGGAAGUACAAAGCAUGAAUUGGCCUUGUUGAAGCAUGAACCUUGUCUUUCUUCUCAUCUGUGUAUAACUGUUUUUAAUAUCCUUCGGCAAAUGCUUUAGUGAGCUGCCAGUCACUGGUGCAGAUCAAUAUGUACAUUUAAAAUAGCAUCCACAUUUUGAAGAAAACGAUGAGCUGGUCAAUCCUGCAGACUUUGC